UGCUCCCCCUGCGCAGCGCAUCUUUGAGAACUUUGCAAUGGCGGAAGAUGUGAAAGAUGAAGUGGUCGAAAUUCCAACAAAAAGGUUAAAACUUGACACUGAAGAAAAUGAUUGUGAUCUUAAACAAGCAUGUUCUUCCAACAAUAAUUGUGCUACAGCUAAAUCGACAGGAAAUGAGGAUAUGCCAUCAACAUCUAGUGAAAGUGGAUCUCACAAAGUAAUUGAGUCAGUGGAGUUACCUGACUGCCUGGAGCUGGGUGAUAAAACUAACGAUGGGGACUCCGACAGUGAUAUAAGUGAUAUAUCAGGCUUGAGUGAGAGAGCAUGGAAAUCAUCACCAGGUACCAUGGCCUGGAUACAACGUCAGAUGAUGCUUGGUCAGAAUCCAAGAGUUAUUUUAAGGGAUCUUAUUUCCAGAGAUGUUGAAAUUGAUCACAUGGAUGACUUCUCGUUGUGGGAGAUUAUAAUACAUCUCAUGUCUGAGCCACCCAAGAGGAAUCGCCUGGAGGAGUAUCAUACGCUAGAUCAUGCUAUAAAUCUUAUUAAAUCUUGUCAGAAGAUUGUAGUACUCACAGGAGCAGGGGUAUCUGUAUCCUGUGGUAUCCCAGAUUUCAGGUCGCGAGAUGGUAUCUAUGCCAGAUUAGCUGUGGAUUUUCCAAACCUACCUGAUCCUCAAGCAAUGUUUGAUAUCAAUUUCUUUAUAAAAGACCAGAGACCAUUUUUCAAAUUUGCAAAGGAAAUAUACCCUGGUCAGUUUGAACCAUCAAAGUCACACAAGUUUAUUCGACUGUUAGAGAGGCAUGGACAAUUACUCCGAAAUUACACACAGAACAUCGACACAUUGGAGCAGGUUGCUGGAAUCCAGAAUGUGAUACAGUGUCAUGGUUCUUUUGCAAGAGCAACUUGUAUGGCUUGUAAGCACAAGGUUGAGGCAGAUGACGUCAGAGAGGAUAUAUUUAACCAGGUCAUACCAAAGUGCCCAGUCUGCCCUGAAGGAACAGAGCUUGCCAUAAUGAAACCAGACAUUGUAUUUUUUGGGGAAAGUUUACCAGAAGAGUUUCACCAGCAGAUGGCAGAAGAUAAGCAGAACUGUGACCUCCUCAUCGUGAUUGGGUCUUCUCUCAAAGUCCGACCUGUCGCUCUCAUUCCUAAUUCUCUACCUCAAAAAGUGCCUCAGAUCCUUAUCAACAGAGAACCGUUAAAGCAUUUGAACUUUGACAUUGAGCUGUUAGGUGACUGUGAUGUCAUUAUCAGUGAGCUUUGCAAGCGACUGGAGGAAGGGUUCCAGGUGUUGGCAGAUUUUUCUCCAGUUAUGACUGAGAUCACAAGGGAUCAGUUACGCACACCUUCUCCUGUCCCCUCACCACAGAACAUUGACACGGAAACUACAGCAGAGGACAAAACGGACAAGGAUAGAGAAGAUUCCAAUGAAGCACAGAAUAAGACGGAGGAAAAUGAUGUGCAGGGUCACAUUGAUACAGGUCAAGGUCAACUCCGUGAUGCUCCAGGGGGUAAUGAGGGCAAGCAAGAAAAUGAAGCUACAGCUGGUGAAGAAAAGCCCGAAAGUUCAACUUGUGAAGAUUGUCCAACUGUGACAUCUGCAAAUUCUGCUUUAAAAUGCAAUGACUCCAAUCUAAAAAGUGAAGAAUCUUCCUUGAAAGAAACUGCAGAUAAAGCAGAAGAGGUUGUGACUUGUGAUUCUACAACAGAUGAUUUGAGGGCUAUGUGGCAGCCAAAGAAAGUUAGUCUUGCCAAGUACUUAGAAGAUGGUCAGUAUUUGUACCUACCUCCAAACAGGUAUGCAUUCCCAGGUGCUGAGAUUUACUCGGAGGAAGAUAGCGAGGACGAGGAUCAUUUCCGGAACAGCAUCAGUAUUUCAAGUAGUUCUAGCUGCUCCUCCAUCACCAGUCAAGAUAACCUCGAACAAACUGGAGAAGAAGAUGAGAUCACAGAACAGAGUCAGGAUUUAGAGACCUGUACAGGAGAGGACAUUGAUGAAACCACACAGGAGGAUGGAGUCUCUAGUUCUGACCGGAACAGAAAACAUGUUUCCCAGGCAGCACAGAACUGGCCUGAGAACAAGAGUUCUUGUGAUUCAGUUAUCGGACAAGGGGAAGGAAGUCAAUCUCAUGUUCCUACGACAGACGAUGCAGUGGUGGAUAGCCAGUCAUCUAUUGAUAAAAUGGACAGUGAUGUAAAAGAAAAGGAUUCUUUGCAACGUGAGCAUAUAUUACAAAGUUCACCAUCUAAGGAUAGUGGUGUUUUAUUACCAGAUUCCUCUAAUGGCAGCAUGUAAAUUGUCCAUGACACUCAGCAUGACUUGUGUAAAUUUUUAUUAACUGCAGAUCAAAGUUGAACCCUUUUGUAGCAUUAUUUGUUUUCUUACUGAAUAAGAAGUAGAGAUAGGUCGUUAAA